AUGGAGUACCACCAGGUUCUCGAAAUCGUCAGUCGAGACGCGGCUCGCAAAGACAAUAUGGGAUGGUACGACCAAUACUACAACCUGGACGGCACGCCUCAUGUCGAGGACAUCGUCCUUGGUAUGGAAGGUGAUACUAUUGUAGCUGUUGCUUUGACCUACAUUCCCAAUUCUGGGAGUCCAGCCGGCAACGACCUGCCGUGGGCGAAAUCCAUUGGCGCGGAUGCUGGGGGAGUAACCUGCAUUUGCAUCAUAGCCGGGAUUCUGUGA